AUGGGGUGGGGAAGUACAAUGAGGGCAGAAGAAACGGACAAUCUCUUCCAGUCUGGUCGGCUCGCGGUAGCUCUCAGGUGUUUGGUCUGCUGGCGGUGGCUCUCAGGUGUUUGGUCUGCUGGCGGUAGCUCUCAGGUGUUUGGUCUGCUGGCGGUGUCUCUCAGGUGUUUGGUCUGCUGGCGGUGUCUCUCAGGUGUUUGGUCUGCUGGCGGUGUCUCUCAGCUCUCAGGUGUUUGGUCUGCUGGCGGUGUCUCUCAGGUGUUUGGUCUGCUGGCGGUGGCUCUCAGGUGUUUUGGUCUGUUUGGCGGUGUCUCUCUCAGGUGUUUGGUCUGCUGGCAGUGUCUCUCAGGUGUUUGGUCUGCUGGUCUCUCAGGUGUUUGGUCUGCUGGCGGUGUCUCUCAGGUGUUUGGUCUGCUGGCGGUGUCUCUCAGGUGUUUGGUCUGCUGGCGGUGUCUCUCAGGUGUUUGGUCUGGUGGCGGUGUCUCUCAGGUGUUUGGUCUGCUGGCGGUGUUCUCAGGUGUUUGGUCUGUUGGCGGUGUCUCUCAGGUGUUUGGUCUGCUGGCGGUGUCUCUCAGGUGUUUGGUCUGCUGGCGGUGUCUCUCAGGUGUUUGGUCUGCUGGCGGUGGCUCUCAGGUGUUUGGUCUGCUGGCGGUAGGUUCUCAGGUGUUUGGUCUGUUGGCGGCAGCUCUCAGGUGUUUGGUCUGCUGGCGGUGGCUCUCAGGUGUUUGGUCUGCUGGCGGUGGCUCUCAGGUGUUUGGUCUGCUGGCGGUGGCUCUCAGGUGUUUGGUCUGCUGGCGGUGUCUCUCAGGUGUUUGGUCUGCUGGCGGUGGCUCUCAGGUGUUUCGGCAUUGUCAUAUCCGUCCACUCUUUCUCUAA